UGACGCAGAUAUGUGAGGGUGCAACACAUGUAAUAUAACCGGCUACCUGUGAGGAUCUGGACUUCGUUUUCUCAGUCAUACAGAGAGUGGAUCUAUCUGAAGCGGAGAGUUCUGUCUGUCAGAUCUGGUGUAAGCAGCACUUUUGGAGAAAACCGCUUAAGGAAUUAUUCGUUUCCAGUAAGGCUAACAGUUAUUAGCCCUGAUAGCAUAGUAAGUGAACUUUCACAGUUCAACCUUAACCUACUCGAGGAGGACAGCAUUAUAGCUAAAGACUAAUGUGAACUUUGAACUCCACAGGGGCAGAAUUUCGGCAAAAAGAGUGCGUUAGAUAACCGUGUAGUCCUGUCUGUUUAGCUAGCCGGACUUCCGUGUGUCGUUCGAGGUCAUUCUGUAGCGCUCAUUCAAGAGACACAGCUUCUAUCCCAGACUCUAGUCAUGAAGAGCCUGCCGUACUUCUGUCGGGGAGAGGUCGUUCGGGGAUUUGGAAGGGGAAGCAAAGAACUCGGUAUUCCCACAGCAAACUUCCCAGACUCUGUGGUGGACAAUCUUCCAGCAGAUAUCAACACAGGGAUCUACUACGGCUGGGCUUGUGUGGGUAAUGGUGAUGUCUACAAAAUGGUGAUGAGCAUCGGCUGGAACCCUUACUACAAAAAUACCAAGAAAUCCAUGGAGACUCAUGUGAUACACAAAUUCAAAGAAGACUUUUAUGGAGAAGUUCUCAGUGUGGUCCUUGUGGGCUACAUCCGCCCAGAAAGAAGCUUUAACUCACUCGAAGCCCUCAUUGCGGCAAUCAACAGUGAUAUCGAGGAGGCCAAGAUGAAGCUGGAGCUGCCAGAGCAUCACAAGCUGAAAGAUGACAACUUCUUCACCAGCACGGCCAACUCCUCUUCAGUACUGCCCGCCACGCCCAGCCCGUCCACGUCACAGACUAUUAUGAACGGUCACUAACAGCUGGCUAGGACAGCAGUGCUGUGGAUACACUCACACAGACCAGAAUUAGACAAAGGUUUAUGUAAAUGCACAGCCUCGCUGUCACAAUGCAUGCACAUGGACCUAAUCAUAAGCAAUCCUUUUUUCUUUUUUAAUUCUGUUUUUCUUUUAUGAUGUUGGUGUCUCUUUGUAAAGAGCUGUUAAGCUUCCUGCCUGGUUUUGUCACACAGAUUAUGUCUGCCUCUCAACGGUCCUGCUGUAUAUUUGGAAUCGUUUACUAGAGAAGGCACUAAAAACAGACCUUGGGAUUAAGGUAAUUGCAACCACUGCAGAGGCAGUUGUAAAAUAUUGUGUGUAAAAGGUACAAAUAGACUAUAAAGUGUCUGAUCACUAUUUAUUUUGGUUGGAAAUACAUGACUUAUCUUUUUUUCUGCUUCAGUGACGGUUAAAGAGAAGGUCUGGGCAUUAUUAUCUGCAACAAAAACACACAUUGUGCAAUCUGAGGCUUUUUGAAAGUCUUCAGUUUUCUUGUUUUCUCCUUACGUGUCCCUCUUCAGAAAAGGAGGAAGUAAAAGGACACUGCCCUAAAACUUAUACACUUGGCCAGAAAUUCAGUUUUGUUUUGAUGCAGGAAGAAAAUGGUUAAGAUGGUUAUUUAUUGAAAGAUAUGUUUAAAGCAAAGGCUUUUUAUUAAUCUUUAUUUUUAUUUUAUCUUGAUUUAGGUAUCACUUAACUGUCUUUUCAAUGACCAGUCCUUUUAAUCAGCAGUGAGUUAUAGAUGAACACUAAGGCUGGAAAGGGCUUUAAGCACGUUGGGAAUUUGUUGUUCCCUUUAGCCUUUUCAUUUCAGUGUCGAUGGCUUUGUUACAGAUAGAAAAACACUGGCAGGUGGAGAUGCUAAAAGAUCUUUUUAGUACAAGUGGAAGUGUAUAACACAAAUUUAUGAGAAUUUGAACAGAUCAAACUAAAACAAGCACACUAUUCUUAGUAUCUCCAUCGGUCAGCGUUUAAUAUAUUUAUAUUCAGAAACCGUUGUCAAAGCCCUGGCUGGUGUUAGCCCUGUGUGUGUGUGUGCCUGUACCUGUUUGGCUUUUACAAUGAAGUGUUUACUUUCGUUCGAAGCUCUGAUGAUUAGUUGAAGAAAUGUGGAAGCCUGCUGAUGUGAUUUCAGCUCUUAUAAACUCUUGUGUUACAUGAGACAUAUUAAAAUGUUAUUUAGAGAGUAAAAUAAAGAUUGCAUUUUAAUGAAUGCUGACAUUUGUCAUGCACUCAGCUGUUUUUGCUGGUGAGAUGCCUUUUAGUUGUUCCAUUUCUAAUGCGUGUAAAGGACUGAACUAAUUAAUUGUGCUGCUUUAUCAAGCCUAUCAAAGAUAUAGUGAUAUCGAUAGAUGCAUUUUUAAAAAAAAAAAAAAAUUUUCUCCCCAGUCUAAUCACUGCAGGGCGGUCUGGUGUUUUAGUCUCACAUGUUGCAGUUAUUUAGCCUAGUUUACACAGGGACCACAGAUACUUGAUGUAGAGUUCAUUAAAGCGUAUCCACCUUUAUUUUCAUCCAUGUUUCAUUAAAUCAAUUCAUUUUAAUUAAAUUGUA